AGAAGACCAAAAAAAAAUUACUUUAAUUUGAAGCGAAGAGGUGAAGAAUUAGAAAGAAGAAUAAUAAGCAUCACUUCAUCUACAUAUACCAUAUCAUUGAUUAUUAACCAUGGCAUCUAAGAGAAAGAGAGUAGAGAAGCAAAAGGAUUUUGUGAAGGCAAAGUUGAAGGUAGGUAAAACCGCCAAGAAACCAGAUAAUUAUACCGAUACUUCUUUCACAGCCAAAACCAUCUCAUUACCAAAUCAAUCAAUCAAAGCAAAAGUAUCCAAUACUGUUUCCGCUACAGCUAAUAGCCAGGAAAAGGAUAAAUUCGAAGUUGACUUGACACAUCAGUUAUCAUUAACAAAGCAUCAUUCUUCUUCAACCAGAAAAGAAGUGCUAUUAUAUAUCCAAAAUCAUUUACCAUCUCAUAAUCCAUCACUUUACAAACAAAUUUUAACAUCAGUAAUACCGUUAAUAUUGGACUCAUCCCUCCAAGUAAGAACACAACUUGUAAGUCUUUUAAAUGAAUGUGCUGCUAAACAGCCAGGUUUGUUGGAUUUGCAUAUAAGAGCUAUCAUAUUAUUUAUUCACUCAGCAAUGACCCAUAUUCAACCAGAGAUUAGAAACUCAUCAACUAAGUUUUUAGCUAUUUUAAUUGAACAUGCAUCUCAUUCUUUAGUUAAGUCAUAUUUCAUAAAGACAUUGAGAAGUUAUUUCACAUUGAUGUCUUGGACAUUAACAAAUGAUAAAAAGUCAAUCUCAUUAGCAAUUACUACUAGUUCCAGUAUAAAUAACUCCUCAUUAAAGAAAUCCAGAAUCCAUCAUUUGUCAAUAUUAAAAUCUUUUUUAAAGACAGCAUUAUUCUUAGAAGAAGAAUCCUCACAAGAAAUAAACCCUGAAGACGUUAUUCUUCCUCAUGCUCAAUCAUUGAAAUAUUUAGUGCCAACUGCAACGCAACCAUAUAAUUCAUUGAAGUUAUUCAUUGUUGAACCAUCAAGAACCUCAGGACCAAGUACAACUACCGGCGAUGACAAAAACUCACAAGUUGAUGAUGGUAAAUUUUAUAUAUCUGAUUUAGAUACCUUAUCGUCUGAAGAUAUUUCCACCAGAAGAAAGAUUGUCAGUGAUGUUUUCAUGGCACCAUUGAUGAAAAAUUUAAAUAAUCUCGUUAAGGAAGGUGGAGAAGCAGGUAAAGAGGCUAAAGGUUGUAUUUCAUUACUUGAACAAUUCAAAGCAGAAUUGGAAAAAGAUAAAGAAAAUGAAUAAUCUAGAUAUAGAUAUAUAUUGUAGGUAGUAAUAAAUUCAAACUUUGUUAGCAGAACCCUCAAGAAUGUAGAGCGAUAUCC